AUGCGGGAUGAAGAUGAUACCAGGUGGUCAGGAGCAGCAAAGAGGGAGGAGUGCCCGUGCUCAGCGACCCACAGUCCUCUCUAUCUGAAAGCGGCUUGGAAGAUUGGCUACCACCCGGUCACCUGGACUGGGAGUAGGACGAGAGGCUGCGAGAGCAAGAGGAGAGGCUGCUGGAGCUGGGGCAGAAGGCUGAGCUCUGGGAGGAGCAGUCAGAGGUGCUCAGGCAAACCGUGCAGAACGACUGUACCACCAUCAGCCGCGCUCUCCCAGAACCAUGAGCUGAAGGAGCAGCUAGGAGAUGGACUGGAGAGUGAGGAGGAGGAGGAAGAGGAGCCUUGGUCUAUGCUGCACCCCGGAGGACCUGGAGAACUAGGAGGCCAUGGAGAGUACAUCACAUUGUACAAGAGCCAGAGGGCAGUGCUGAAGAUGUGGCACCAGCAGGAGGAGUACAUUACUGGGAUUAUCCAAGAGAAGAAGGAUGAAAGAUGGAGAGAACACAGCUGGCAGAGGACACAUUCCCCAUCAUCCAGAAUGGGUUUGAUUCUCAGCCGAGGAACAGCAGGACUGGUAGAGACUGUCAGGCCACACGGCUGCCUGCACAGCACCCCCAUGCUUGGUGGGGGGCUGAAGGGAUGGUGGGUACUGGGUCUUCACAGGCCGGGCAUGACAAAGAGGCUCAAUGGAGGUGGCACACUUUGAAGGGGCAACAUUCCUGUUGGCUACUGAACUCUUCCUUGGGCAAUAGGUUGAAUGCCAAAAUGAGAAACCAUGGAUCUUCUUCACCUUGGUGUGAUAUUCUUGGCUUCUUGCCAAAGGAUACCUUACUUUUGGUUUUGAUAAGGGACGAGGAGACAAAACAUGAAGGCACUUGUUGACUAAAAGGAAGUCUAACAAAAUGCUUCAGCAUUGAAAUGGAAAGAGAAAUGGAAAAACUAGAAAAUAAACCGUACUUCAUAGAAGCUCAAGAGAAAAAGUCCCCUCUUUCCAUAUGACCCACAGAUGCCAGCAGUGGGAGAGGGUGCCGUGUUUGAAAACAGGCAGAAUAAGAACCUAUUCACAAGCCAGAGAGAUUUGGAAGUGACAUCAGCUACUCCUCUCCAGAUAGAGGGGAAAAGGACAGAUCCUUAGAAACCCUAGAACUCAAUCUUUGUUACUGGAUUCUCUUUUGAGCAGCAGCUUGGAAAGACAAAGAUGGGGAAGAUUUUUAAUUUCACUUUCUAUGAGUUAUACAGCCUUUGGCUGAGAUAAGCCAAGAGCCUCUCAGCAUGGCUGAGAGUUUAUUUGGGCAGGAGAGAUUAUGUGCAAAUCAAGGAACCUAAGAAGAGCCUGCUCUGAAGAAUGCUGACAGCAUCACAAGGGGUGGAGCAGGAGCUGGAAUACAACACCCAGACUCCAGAGACCCUGGGGCAUACCUUGGGAGAGGUUCCAAAUGUGGGCCCUAGUGAUGCCAUCUGCAGCAGAGAGAGCAAGUUCCGAAGAAGAUGGGAUGAGGAGCCAUAAUUUGAUGGUGAAAUGUCUUACAUAUCAAAUCUUGGUAAUUGUACACAACUCUCAGUGUGUUUUGUGUUGUGUAAUUCCAUUAAUACAUAUUAUUUCAGGAAAAGUGGAUAAAAGCUAAUAAUCUCUCCCACAAUAUGUGUAUGCAAGUGAAUGAGGAUGCCGCAGCUCCCUACCUAGCAAUCCUAAAAUAUUCAACUAACACUCAGGGGAGCCAUAAACUUUAAGGGUCUAAAUCUUCAGCCACUACUCAUGUCACCAGGUUCCCUAGCCCAAGUAUAGUCUCAGCCAAUCUGGCAGCCAUGGACCCAAAUUUGGGGUGAUCACAAUCAGCCUUUCUCUACCAUAUACACAUGCCCACCCCAGCCUUGCACCCAACUACAGCCCAACUUACAAGUGCAUUAUCAUUAUCCCUGCCCUUAGGAGAGCAUCACCUAAUUCACAAGCAGCGGAUUGAAGAGCAGGGAGUUGGUUUCAUUCAUCUUCUUUCUCUUUAUUUCUAGCCUAGUACAUGGUAUGGUCAGGCUCUGAACAUUUAUUUAUUAAGGAAUAAAGGAGAAAGGGGAGAAGAAGGAGACCGUUGGAAGACAGAGAAUAUAUGCUUGUGUGUAAACAUGAAAAGGAGAAUACUGCAAGACGACUCUCAAAGAAAAAAAGAUCACGUGGGUUUUUUUCUCUUCAUUCUAUUAAUUCGGUAUAUUACAUUAUGACAUUGAUUGAUUUUUGCAUGUCAAACCAUUCUUGCGUUGCUGGAAUAAAUCUCUAUAUCCUGUUAUUAUGCUUUACUGUUCCAUCUUUUAUGUAUUUAUUCAUUUCCUGCUAUAUGUGUACGUUAC